AUACGCUGCAUUUACUCAGUUUUCUUCCUCUGUGUUGCCAUGGCGUUCUCCCUAGUCGUCUCCAUCCCCAAUCUCUCCUCCUCCACUGCCGGAAUCUGCACCCGCCGCCGCCGCUUCUUCCUCCCUAGCUCCCAUCUCCUCCUCAAUCCUUCUCUCUCGCUUCCCUCCGACCGCUCAUCCCCUUUCCCCUUCCCCGAGGCCUCCAUCCUUCCUAAUUCAUGGAGACGCGCCGGCGCCCGAGCAGGAUCCAUCACGUUUUCCCUUUCCUCCCGCCCCGAGUACAUCCCCAACCGCAUUCCCGACCCCAACUAUGUCCGCAUCUUCGAUACCACUCUCCGCGACGGCGAGCAGUCCCCCGGUGCCACCAUGACCAGCAACGAGAAGCUCGUCGUGGCGCGCCACCUCUCCCGCCUCGGCGUCGACAUCAUCGAGGCCGGCUUCCCGGCCUCCAGCCCCGACGACCUCGACGCCGUCCGCUCCAUCGCCAUCGAGGUCGGGAACCAGCCCCUCGGCGAGGACGGCCACGUGCCCGUCAUAUGUGGUCUCUCAAGGUGCAAUAAGAAGGACAUCGACGCCGCCUGGGAGGCGGUUCGCCACGCGAAGAAGCCGAGGGUGCACACCUUCAUUGCCACCAGCGAGAUCCACAUGAAGCAUAAGCUGAGGAAGACGAGGGAGGAAGUGGUGAGCAUCGCGCGCGACAUGGUGGCUUAUGCCAAGAGCCUUGGGUGUCAGGAUAUUGAGUUCAGCCCUGAGGAUGCUGGCAGGUCGGAUAGGGAAUUUCUGUAUCAUGUGCUGACGGAAGUUAUCAAAGCUGGAGCAACGACAUUGAACAUCCCCGACACGGUUGGGUAUACUCUUCCAUCAGAAUUUGGAAAGUUAAUUGCGGACUUAAAGGCAAACACUCCUGGUAUUGAGAAUGUGAUCAUAUCUACUCACUGCCAGAAUGACCUUGGUCUUGCAACUGCAAACACAUUAGCAGGCGCUUAUGCAGGGGCAAGGCAACUAGAGGUCACAGUCAACGGUAUUGGCGAAAGAGCAGGAAAUGCUUCUUUGGAGGAGGUUGUCAUUGCCAUCAAGUGUCGUCAGGAACUCUUGGGAGGUCUUUAUACUGGAAUUAACACAAAACAGAUUGUCAUGGCAAGCAAGAUGGUAGCUGAAUAUACGGGAUUGUUUGUACAGCCACAUAAAGCUAUUGUCGGUACCAAUGCCUUCGCUCAUGAAAGUGGCAUUCACCAGGAUGGGAUGCUUAAACACAAGGGGACUUAUGAAAUCAUCUCUCCUGAAGAUAUUGGGUUAACUCGUGCAAAUGAAUCAGGCAUUGUUCUCGGAAAGCUUAGUGGAAGACAUGCUUUGAGGUCUAGAUUGUUAGAGUUUGGGUACGACAUCGAUGGGAAGGAACUUGAUGAUGUCUUCAAGCGCUUCAAAGAAGUUGCUGAGAAGAAAAAGCGCAUAUCGGAUGAAGACUUGGAGGCGCUAAUCUCAGACGAGAUUUUUCAGCCUCGUGUUAUAUGGUCUCUUGGAGAGUUACAGGUCACCUGUGGAACACUUGGUCUAUCUACUGCAACGGUAAAAUUAAUGUCUUCCGACGGAGAAGAGAGAAUUGCAUGUUCCAUUGGCACAGGCCCGGUAGACGCCGCUUACAAAGCCAUUGAUAGCAUAGUAAAGGUGCCUGCAGUUCUCAAGGAAUAUGCUAUGAAUGCUGUAACCGAAGGCAUCGAUGCAAUUGCAACCACACGCGUCGUCAUAGGCGGAGAUGAAACUCAUACUUCAACUCAUGCCUUAACAGGAAAAGCGAUAUGCCGAACUUUCAGUGGCAGUGGAGCUGCGAUGGACAUUGUAGUUUCGAGUGUUCGUGCAUACAUCAGCGCGCUGAACAAGAUGCUGGGUUUUGUGUCUGCCAUGAAAGCUUCCGAGGACACACCGAAAAAACAUAAUGUCUCCAGUUGAGUGGCAUUGCAGCCCCUCUGUGCAACAUGACAAUGGCAAUUGGUAGAAUACUUUGCUUCUUGGUUUAAAGUAUCAGGUUUGUUCUCUUCCAUUUGUAUUUAUUUGGAACAUAAAAUCUCAUUUUGGUCGAGCAAUGAAUAAAACAUAGCCGACUAGUGUUAGCAAA